AGUACAGCCCAGUCGCGCCACGGUAUUGCCAUGGGUUCUCAACUCUCCCCCGCUCUCAUCUCGCUUCCCGUUCUCUCACUCGCUUUCUCACUAGCCUCUCCCUCGCCUCUUCCUCUCCCCAGGCUCACCCCACGCCACCUGAAGUAUCUUCAACAGACGGACAGACAGACAGACAAGAUGGCGGGCCUGCUUCUAAGAACUGUUUUGGUGUACACGCUGACAAUAUGCUGCGGUGCUUCCCUUCAUAACACAGAUGAAGGAUACGUACCCACAGAGGAUACUGACACAAGACCGAAGCCUAUUGAGUUACCGUGGUCCCCUUCCCUUGAACGAGAGAUGGCGCGCUCGGCAGGGACAGAAGGCAGCUUAGAGAAUGUGCAGCCUUUGGAAUCUGAUCACUGGAGGUCGAUAGAUACCCUGGGACACCCCGAGGAAGAGGAAAUGCCGCUAGUACCGAUAGAAAUUGAGUUAUCGCAGAGAACUCGCGCGCAGUUGGAUACACUGUCUCGUUCAGCCCACCUCGCGCAGCCUCGGUUUGGUCUUGAAACGCCGCUCGACCCUCUGUCCUCCUCCUCCAGUUUGAAAUACGUGCACGAGGGGGAUUUGCUGAAGUUGCGCCUGGUUUUGGAUAACUUAACUCUUGCAGGGCUCAGUUCAUUGUCAGUCCAGGAGGUGACAUUCCAACGCGGGCCAGCAGAAGAGGAGGUAAGCAGACACGACUUGGCUGAAGGAGGGGGUAGACACGGGCGGAGGAAUGGGCGGCGUGCAGCUAGUAGUUCUGGUUUGGUGCGGGCCGCCUUCUCCCAGGUGGUUGUGAGGGCCAAAUACCAAGUGAGAGGCAGUGCUGGAGGCUUCCUUACCUUCAGGGAGAGUGGAAAUCUGACCCUCACUGCCCCGACUGUGUUUCUCACCUCACGCCUUGCUCUCAUCCUGCCGCCGCCACCGCCUCUGUCACCGCUACGCUCUGCUGCUACACCACACAGGCGUCACGGGGGAAGGGUGAAGGUGGUAAGGGUGAGGAGUGAGGUGACUACAGGCCCCACCACGCUGACCAUCCAGCCUGCCGCCCAUCCGCCCAAGUGGGUGAGGCAGCAGGUGCAGACGAAGACAAACCUCCCUUCUCUGACACACUACCGGGGCAGCUGGAGGAGCUAUCGAAAGACCUGAGCCGCGGACACGGGGCGGUGCGACGUCUCCUGCACCUCUGGGGGAAGCUGCUGAAGAGACUGAUUCACCGCACAGCUCGCGCCAUCGCCUAGACGCCCUCCCAUUCAGCCAGCCACCCAGCCAGCCAGCCAGAUACGUGUUAAUUGUGAUGGGAAUGAGAAAACAGGAAGGUAGAGUGUACAAGUAAAGAUGAGAGUGGUUAUAUUGGAGAGAAAUUAAUAAGCUUUGGUAUUAUAAGAGAUAUGAAUGAUAUAAGGUUUUAGAGCUCGUGUGAGAGGAAAUACAUUUUAAUUAUGAUUGAUAUGGUAAAAAAAAAAACACGAAGAUAUUGUAUUUUAAGUAAGAAUUAAAGUGAUAUUGUUGGUGGGGAGAAAUUAGUGAACAUUGGUAGUAUAAGAUGGAUGAUGUAAAAGGAUUUGUUUAUAUAUUGGCUUAUAAAGAGUUCUGUUCACUCGUUCAGCUUAUCUGGCCACACCUGAGCAAAAUACAGGUGUUAACUGGAGAACAGGUGUAGAGGUUUGAGUAUUAUAAUUAUGACCUUUAAUUUCAUGUAGAUUAAAGGCUGUUUUCCUUUGAUAGUUUUGUUAGAUAGUAUUGUUAUUAAGAGAGAGAGAGAGAGAGAGAGAGAGAGAGAGAGAGAGAGAAUGUGUGUUCUUAUAUGCAAAUAUAUUACUUUCUCAGCUUCAAUGGAUAUAUAGAAAGACAGGAAUAGAGAGAGAGAGAGAGUGCAUGUGCGUGUAUUCUCGUAUGCACAGAUAUUACCCCACUUCAGCUGUAAUACCCCAUGUUGUGAUAGAUAAGCUAAACAACAACCUUUGCAUUAGUAUUACCCCCUAACACACUCCCACAGCCUCCUCAGUGUGUUUGGUAUAGUCUGCUAUUAGUGUGUCUAUAUACUUAACACUUUGUAUAUAUCUUCCCUUACUAACAAUUGAAGUAUGUAGUG